AUGAACUCCAGAAGCUCAAGCUUUUCAUCCAUAUCUGAUUUAUUUCGACCCAACAAUCCUAAGGGAUUGAGGUCUCGAGACCUUAGUAGCACUCGGUUGAGUGUACUGAAAAAGGAGAUCCAAACGGACAUACAUCUUAUACCACUAAAGGAUGUUUACGAAAUUCUCGGAACUGAUCCCGUUCGAGGACUAUCAAGUGCAAGGGCUGCUGAACUGUUGAUGUACUAUGGGCAUAACUGCCUUACGCCAGCAACGCAAGACGGAUGGCCACGAGUCUUAUUUUUGUCUUUAUGUACAGGGUUUUCCGUUCUAAUAUGGUUUGGCGCACUGUUGUGCCUCCUUGCAUAUCUGAUAGAAACGUCUACGAAGGCCAAUGCUAGCAAAGACAACUUGUAUUUGGGAUGUGUGCUCAUUGGAGUUGAUGUUGUUUGUGGACUCUUCAGUUUUUACCAAAGUUUUAAGAGUACGAAGAUAAUGAAAACUUUCAAUAGCAUGAUACCGGAGUAUGCAUCUUGCGUUCGAAAUGGGGUUCUGAACUCCAACACGCUUGUCCGAAAUCUUGUGAAAGGCGACAUCGUUCAUGUGAAGGCUGGAGACGUGGUCCCAGCAGACAUCCGCAUUAUUGAUAGCAAAGGGUUCAAAGUGGAUAACUCUUCCUUGACGGGAGAAAGCGUGGCUGUUUCCCGAGGAAACCUGGAAGGAACUGCAAAUAUACUCGAAUCGCCUAACGUAGCAUUUUUCUCCACCCUCUGCGUUGAAGGAUGGGCUUCAGGUGUCGUUAUGUGCUGCGGGGAUCUCACAGCCCUAGGUCGCGUCGCGGGACUCGCGGCCCGCCUGCGUCCCGCGCCAUCCCCGCUGUCCCGGGAAAUAUCCCGGUUCAUGCGCUACGUGUCAGUGUGGGCUCUGAGCCUAGGAGUAUUCAUAGCUGCAGCCUCGCUUGCCCUGGGCUACCCGUUUAUGCAAACCACGGUAUUUGUCAUCGGAAUGAUCGUCGCUAACGUGCCUGAAGGUCUUCAACCCACAAUCACAGCAUCGCUUACGCUGACAGCUCAGCACAUGAUCAAGAAGAACUGCCUCAUCAAGAAUCUGGAAGCGAUCGAGGCUCUGGGCGCGUGCACCACAAUUUGCUCUGACAAAACCGGCACGCUCACUGAAAACAAAAUGUGUGUUCAACAUGUUUGGAUGGCCAACAAAACUUAUUCCGUGACAGAUUCACAAUUCCUAAAUAUCGUGAAAAAUAACCAAGCGUUUAACGCGUUAAAACUAUGUGGUGCUUUAUGCAGCACUGCAAAACUCAAUAUUGAAGGUGUAUCAGGCGAUGCUUCUGAAACCGCCAUUUUAAAGUUUUUGAGCAAGUACGAUGACUUGAUUGCAAUAAGAAAUAAGUAUCCUAAGGUCGCUGAAAUUCCUUUUAACUCAGUGAACAAAUAUCAACUCAGUAUACAUCUAGAUACUAAUGUUUCACGGUACAUAGUAGUUAUGAAAGGCGCACCCGAAUGUAUUUUCGAACGCUGCACGACUCUAGCUUUAGAAAACAAUAAUAUUAGUUUGACGAAAGAAAUCAGAGUGGCCGCUGAAAAGGCCAGCGAUGUUCUAGCAAAUACGGGAGAAAGAAUUUUAGCUUUCGCCGAUUUGUAUCUUGACCCCAAGGAAUUUCCCUUGAAAUAUCCAUUUGAUACUGAAGAAAUUAAUUUCCCUAUGCAAAACCUAAGAUUUUUGGGAGUUAUGGGACUGAUGGAUCCACCAAGAGAAGAGGUGCGCAAUUCAAUACAAAGGGUAAGAGAAGCGGGUGUCCGUGUGAUGAUGGUGACGGGCGACCACCCUUCCACCGCCCGCGCAAUCGCAUUAGAAGUCGGCAUCGCCACUUCACCCAAAUGUCGUGUACUAACCGGCUCUGAACUCCGGAAUAUGACUCCAGACUUGCUUAAUUGGACACUUGAGAAGCAUUAUGAAAUAGUAUUCGCUAGAACAUCUCCAACUCAAAAGCUGCAAAUUGUGGAAGCGUGCCAACGCGGCGGGGGAGUGGUGGCGGUGACCGGCGACGGCGUUAACGAUGCGCCUGCGCUGCGCCGCGCUGACAUCGGCAUCUCUAUGGGCAUCACUGGUUCUCAAGUUUCCAAACAGACCGCAGAUAUCAUUCUUUUGGAUGACAACUUCGCAACAAUAGUUGUAGGGAUAGAGGAAGGUCGAAAAAUAUUUGAUAAUCUUAAGAAAUCCGUCUGUUACAUCCUAAUAUCGAACGUACCUGAAAUUCUUCCAGUAUUAAUGUUUAUCUUGUUCUCCAUUCCUCUGCCACUAGGUGUAAUGACGAUUCUCUGCAUAGACUUGGGCACGGACAUGUGGCCUGCUGUAGCUCUGUCUCACGAAAAAGCGGAAUCCGAUGUAAUGGCGCGUCCACCUCGCACCGACGACCCACUGGUGUCCUGCCGAAUGCUCACGCUCGUGUAUGGGCAUCUGGGCCUGGUAGAGUUCGCCGCUGGAAUGUUCGCCUACUUCAUAGUCAUGGCUGAACAUGGGUUCUAUCCUCCGCAGUUAUUCGGUAUAAGACGAAGAUGGGACAACGAAGCAGUGACAGACGUCCAAGACUCCCUGGGCCAAGAGUGGACGUACGCUGAGCGCAAAGAGCUGGAGCGAGCGUGUCAGGCGGCUUACUUCGUGGCCGUGGUCGUCACGCAAAUGAUGAACGGCAUCAUCUGCAAGACUCGAUUCAAUUCGCUCUUCCAUGUUGGAAUGAAGAAUCACGUCCUGAAUGCUGGCCUGAUAUUCGAACUCAUAUUAUCUAGUGUUAUAUGUUACGUACCAAGUGUUAAUGUGUUCUUCCGGACGUAUCCAUUAAAAUGGAGAUGGUGGUUCCUAGCUUUACCAUUUUCAGCCUUCAUGUUUGCGUUUGACGAGUUCAGAAAAUAUUGCAUUCGCAGGAAAUUAUUUAAAGGCUGGUACAAUGAUCUAACCUAUUAUUAAACAUAAUUAAGUAUACCUACUAGGUAAAGGAUUGUUUAAUAAAAAACUGGAAUCCAUAUUGAUAUUUAUUUCCACAUAACUUUGUUCCCACAUAAACCACAAUCCAUUAACAAUCAUAUUAAGUCAAUAAUUUAAAUGAGCAAAAACGCAACACUCAGGUCAC